UGUUGCUGCUCUGUGUGGACUCUGCUUCUCUGCUGUUAACACCAGGCCCUCCUUCAGAGAGUGGAUCAGCGGGAGGUGAUGAGAUGGCAAGAAGAAAGCUGAAAGAUUGUACUAACUUGGAGCUCAUGCUCUGCGCCCUUCUGGUUAUUAUGUUUGUCGUCACGAUCCCACUGUUUGUGCUUUCAGCCAGGAAUUCUGGAUCAGGUUCUGAGUGCUCAGGGAUACCAGUAUCAGAACGGAUAAACUGCAUCCCCGAAAAGACACCAACAAAGGAUGUGUGUGAGCAACGUGGCUGCUGGUGGCAGCCUCAGAGCUCUGUCAACGUGCCUUCAUGCUUCUAUACCAACAAUCAUGGCUAUUCCAUGGCGGGUGACCUUAGCAACACAGGAGCAGGCUUCACAGCACAGUUGAAAAGGCUGUCUUCUCCAUCCCCAUAUGGAAAUGAUGUUAUCAACGUCCUUCUCACAGCGGAAUACCAGACAGCCAAUCGUUUCCACUUUAAGUUAACUGACCCCCAAAAGAAGAGGUAUGAAGUACCCCAUGAGCAUGUGAAGCCCUUUCAAGGAAAUGCUGCUGCUUCCACCAACUAUGAAGUUCAAGUCUCCAACCAGCCAUUUAGUAUCAAAGUGAUCAGAAAAAAACUUGGCCGUGUCCUGUUUGACUCAAGCAUCGGGCCCCUCCUGUUCUCCGACCAGUACCUGCAGCUGUCCUUCCGACUGCCCAGUGUCAACGUGUACGGGCUGGGAGAACACGUGCACCAGCAGUACCGCCACAACAUGGAUUGGAAGACCUGGCCCAUAUUCACCAGAGACACGAUUCCCACUGGGGAUGGAGCUAACUUGUAUGGUGCACAGACCUUCUUCCUGUGCCUUGAAGACAGCAGUGGAUUUUCCUUCGGAGUGUUUCUGAUGAACAGCAAUGCCAUGGAGGUCACCCUCCAGCCCGCCCCAGCUAUCACGUACCGCAUCACUGGGGGCAUUUUUGACUUCUACGUGUUCCUGGGAGAUACUCCAGAGCAAGUUGUUCAAGAGUAUCUGGCGCUUGUUGGGCGGCCAGUCCUACCCUCAUAUUGGUCACUUGGAUUUCAUCUCAGUCGCUAUGAUUAUGGAAGCCUUGACAACAUGAAAAGAGUCGUGGCAAGAAACCGUGGAGCAAAUCUUCCUUAUGAUGUUCAGCAUGCCGAUAUUGAUUACAUGGAUAAGAGGAAGGACUUCACUUAUGACCCAGUGGCUUAUAAAGGCUUCCCUGAAUUUGCUGAGGAGUUACACACUAAUAAGCAGAAACUGGUCAUCAUUGUGGAUCCAGCCAUCUCCACCGACUCUUCCCAAAGCAGCCCGUAUGGCCCGUACGACAGGGGCUCCAGCAUGAAGGUCUGGGUCAACAUGUCUGAUGGUGUGACUCCGUUGCAGGGAGAGGUCUGGCCUGGAAAAUCUGUGUUUCCUGAUUACACCAACCCUCUUUGUACUGCUUGGUGGAAACAAGAAUUUGAGCUUUUCCACAAGGAAGUGAAAUUUGAUGGAAUCUGGAUUGAUAUGAAUGAAGUCGCCAACUUUGUUGAUGGUUCACUUACAGGAUGUUCUAAAAACAGUCUGAAUAAUCCCCCAUUUGUUCCCAGAAUCCUGGAUGGUCUUAUGUACAAAAAAACUCUCUGCAUGGAUGCUUUGCAGUCCUGGGGCAAACAGUAUGAUGUCCACAAUCUGUACGGCUACAGUAUGGCCAUCGCCACAGAAGAAGCUUCCAAGACUCUGUUCCCUACUAAGAGAAGCUUCCUUCUAACCCGCUCCACCUUUGCGGGCUCCGGCAAGUUUGCAGCCCAUUGGCUAGGAGACAACACAGCCACCUGGGACGACCUUCGGUGGUCCAUCCCUGGCAUACUUGAGUUCAACCUUUUCGGUAUCCCAAUGGUGGGUGCUGACAUAUGUGGCUUUUUACGGGAUACCUCUGAGGAGCUCUGCAGACGGUGGAUGCAGUUAGGAGCAUUUUAUCCGUUUUCCAGGAAUCACAACGGCCAAGGCUAUAAGGACCAGGAUCCUGCCUACUUUGGAGAUCAGUCUGUGCUGCUGUCGUCCUCCAGGCACUACCUCCAAAUCCGCUAUACUCUGCUGCCCUACCUCUAUACCCUCUUCUACCGUGCUCACACCCAGGGCAGCACAGUGGCCAGGCCCCUCCUGCAUGAGUUCUAUGAGGACAGCAACACGUGGGGUUUGCAUGAACAAUUUUUAUGGGGGCCCGGCCUCCUCAUCACUCCAGUUCUGUAUGAGGCUGUAGAGAAUGUGACGGCAUAUAUACCUGAUGCCAUCUGGUAUGAGUAUGAGACUGGCAAGAAGCUGGAGGAGAGGAAGCAACAAGUGCUGAUGAAUCUUCCUGGAGACAAAAUCGGCCUUCACCUUCGAGGAGGCUACAUCUUCCCCACACAACAGCCAGGCAUAACCACCGAGGACAGUCGGCGGAAUCCGCUAGCUCUUAUCAUUGCCCUGGAUGAUAAUGAGGAAGCCAAAGGCGAACUUUUCUGGGAUGAUGGGGAAACGAGAGAUACUGUGGCCAAACAAACUUACCUCCUGUGUGAGUUUUCCUUCACCAUAAAACGCCUAGAUGUGAAGAUUUUGCAAGCAACCUACAAAGACCCUAACAAUUUAGCAUUUAAAGAGAUUAAAGUCUUUGGGACCAGGGAGCCCAAGAACGUUACAGUAAAACAAUACAAUGUCGUGAUUCCAAUGUCUCCUAAAGUCGCCUAUGAUGCUAAACUUAAGGUUGCCCAUAUCACAGGCCUUAAUCUUGAGCUGGGAAAAGCAUACACGGUGGAGUGGACCAUUACAAAGGAUGAAGAAAAGAUAGACUGUUAUCCAGAUGAGCAUGGUGCUAGUGAAACAAACUGUGUGGCCCGGGGCUGUAUCUGGGAGGAAUCCCCCGUUCCGCGAGUGCCUGCCUGUUAUUUUACCAGGGAGCUAUAUUCCGUUAGUGAUAUUCAGUAUGACUCCCACGGGGCCUCUGCUAUCCUCUCCUUAAAGCCUGGAUCUUAUGCCUCUGCUUUUCCUUCAACACCUGUAUCCCCCCUCCAUCUGAAGGUGACCUACCACAAGGACCACAUGCUGCAGUUUAAGAUUUAUGAUCCUAACAACAAACGGUAUGAAGUUCCAGUUCCUCUCAACAUACCCACUGUUCCAUCCAGCACCCCUGAUAGUCGACUCUAUGAUGUUGUCAUUACAAAGGACCCAUUUGGCAUUAAAAUUCGCCGGAAGAGUACCAACACUUUUAUUUGGGACUCUCAGCUCCUUGGCUUCACCUUCAAUGACAUGUUCAUCCGCAUCUCCACUCGCCUCCCCUCCCAGUACCUCUACGGCUUUGGGGAGACCGAGCACACAGCUUAUCGCAGAAAAUUGGACUGGCACACAUGGGGCAUGUUUUCCCGAGACCAGCCCCCAGGGGAAAAGCUGAACUCUUAUGGCGUCCAGCCCUACUACAUGGCCCUGGAGGAGGAUGGCAGUGCCCAUGGAGUGCUCCUGAUGAACAGCAAUGCCAUGGAUGUGACAUUCCAGCCUCUGCCUGCGCUGACAUACCGCACUAUAGGAGGGAUUCUGGACUUUUAUGUGAUCUUGGGGCCAACUCCAGAGCUUGUCACUCAGCAGUACACCGAGCUGAUCGGUCGACCGGUGAUGGUUCCUUACUGGUCCUUGGGCUUUCAGCUGUGUCGCUAUGGAUACCAGAAUGACUCUGAGAUUGCCAGCUUGUAUGAUGAUAUGGUGGCUGCCAAGAUCCCCUAUGAUGUGCAGUACGCAGACAUUGACUACAUGGAGCGACAGCUGGACUUCACCCUCAACCCCAAGUUUGCGGGCUUCCCCGAUCUGAUCAAUCGCAUAAAAAGAGAUGGGAUGCGCGUCAUCCUCAUUCUGGACCCAGCCAUUUCUGGCAACGAGACAAAGGACUAUCCUGCAUUCCGUCGGGGCGUGCAGGAUGACGUCUUCAUUAAGGACCCAAAGGAUGGAAGCAUCGUGUGGGGCAAGGUCUGGCCUGAUUUGCCUGAUGUUGUUAUAAACAGUUCUCUAGACUGGGAUACUCAAGUGAAGCUAUAUCGAGCACAUGCAGCCUUCCCAGACUUUUUCCGUACUUCAACUAUCACAUGGUGGAAGAGGGAAGUGAAAGAAUUACAUGACAAUCCACAGAACCCAAACAAGAGCUUGAAGUUUGAUGGCCUGUGGAUUGAUAUGAAUGAACCAUCAAGCUUUGUGAAUGGGGCAGUUGAACCAGGCUGCAGAGAUGACCCUUUGAACCACCCUCCCUAUAUCCCACACUUGGACGGCAGGGACAGGGGUUUGAGCAGCAAGACCCUGUGUAUGGGGAGUCAGCAGAUCCUUCCAGACGGCACCCCAGUGCGACACUAUGAUGUGCACAGCCUGUAUGGGUGGUCCCAGACCAGACCCACAUACGAAGCUACGCAGGAGGCGACCGGAGAGCGUGGGAUUGUUGUCACCCGCUCCACAUUCCCCUCUUCUGGCCGUUGGGGAGGUCACUGGCUGGGAGACAACACAUCUGCCUGGAACCAGCUCAGAAAAUCUAUCAUUGGCAUGCUGGAGUUUAGCCUCUUUGGCAUCUCCUAUACAGGAGCAGAUAUUUGUGGGUUCUUUAACGAUGCUGAAUAUGAGAUGUGUGCUCGCUGGAUGCAACUGGGGGCCUUUUACCCCUUCUCAAGAAACCACAACACCAUUGGAACCAGGAGGCAAGACCCUGUGGCCUGGGACCCUGCCUUUGAAAAUCUUUCCAGAAGUGUCCUAGAGACCAGAUACACCAUCUUGCCAUACCUCUACACCCUGAUGCACCUGGCCCACACAGAUGGCAGCACCGUUGUGCGACCUCUUCUCCACGAGUUUGUGUCUGAACGGGCCACCUGGGAUAUAGACAGCCAGUUCCUGCUGGGCCCAGCCUUUCUGGUCAGCCCUGUCCUGGAAGCUGGUAAAAGAGAGGUUGAUGCAUAUUUCCCGAAGGCCCGUUGGUAUGACUACUACACGGGUGUGGACUUCACAUCUCAGGGAGAGUGGAAGACCUUGCCAGCCCCUCUUGAGCACAUUAAUCUUCAUGUCCGUGGGGGCUACAUCCUUCCCUGGCAGCGGCCAGCGCAGAACACCUUCAUGAGCCGUAAGAAUUUACUAGGCUUCAAGGUCGCUUUGGAUUACCAGGGGCGGGCUGAAGGUUGCCUCUUCUGGGAUGAUGGAAAUAGCAUCGAUACCUAUGAAAAACAACUCUAUUACCUGGCCAACUUUACUGUCCGUGAGAAUACGAUGACGAGUCAUGUAAUCCUCAACAACUACCUCAGCAACACAGAGCCCUUGAAGCUGGGGUUCAUUGAUAUCUGGGGAGUGGCCAGUGUCUCCACCCCCAGUGUCAGCAUGACCAUGAGCAGCGGCACUAUAACACCUACAGUCACCUACAACUCUACAACACAGGUGUUAAGCAUUAACACGGUCACUGACAACGUCAUGCUGCAUGAGUUCAUUUCCUUGAAGUGGACCACUCCGUGAAUUUUUGCAGCCAGAUCCUGACGAUGCACGGUUUGAAAGCCACGUGUACUCUGUGCCCAUAAAAUUAUUGUAUUUUAAUUGAUUCUUGCCCUGUAUGGGGAAAAUAUCUUAGUCAUUUUAUUGAUUUUUUUCCCAUCUGUGUUUUUUAACCCUGAAGUUCAGAUGGUUGGGAUGUGGGGGAAAUCUAUGGGUGACCUCAAUGUUUCCAAGUAAUCAGCAUGACACUGAUGGGUCAUCUGACAAUAGUUACUGCAGAAGCCUGGAAGCUGAAGUGUGUAUGUGCAAUCAGGGAGUGAACUGGACCCACUGUCUAAAUGCUCAAGGAAAAACUGGCCAGGACAGCGCCAGGCCUUUGAGUUACACCUCAAGAAAGUAUCCAGAAAGAACAGUGCAAGUUGACUACAGGGAGGGGAGGAGAGUGAGCUAAGAUCAUGAUUUAAGGGGAAGGAAAAGAAAGUAAGAAAGAAGAGAGAUACAGAAGGUGAUAGCAUGGAUCGUGCCAGCUACGGAGAUAAUGUAAAAAUAUCAGGAAGACCAGCCUCACGGAGAGGAGAAGAGUCUGAAAGCAAGAAGAGGUCUUAGGGGAGACUCUUGCCAGUAGAAAAUGGGGAUGAAGAUGAGAUUCAAGCAGGCAAAACUGAAGGAAGGAGUAUGAAGCUGAAAAUAACUUGUUUUUGCAGAGGUGUGCUCCGGAAUGUGUCAAACUUACCUCUCAAACUCUGUGCCUAAUGUAUAUAACCACAGUUCACACAAGUGUACAUGAUUUAUAUGCCAGAGAAAAAUAAAACAAGCAAAUUCUCAAGAAACUGAACUGUGUGGCAUUUUGACCAUUGGCAUUUCACUUCGGGAUUAAGACUUCUUGCUCAGCAAACGUUUCUUAGUUGGUCUUGGCACGAGAUUCCGGGCAGUCUGCUCCACUGAUGGAUGACCAUCCUUAGGAUUAUCCACCCUUUGCCUUCCACCUCUGAUGUGGGUUUUUCUCUAGGUUUAGAUUUGCAAAAAUGUGUACUUGGAUCAUUGUUUUAAUCAUAAUAAAAAUUGCUCUAUUUGGUAAAAUGUCAACUCUGUCAGCAAUAGAAUUGGCAACAGCAUUGGUUAACUUGAUGGCUAAAACUUGGGAUAAGGAAAUUCUGUGUUAAUGUUUAAUGCAGAUACUUAAUUUUACUAUUACUUGAAAGUGUACAUGUUGGAAAUGAAUGUUUACUUCCCCAUAUCUUUAUCAUUCCUUUUAAACACCACAAAGCUAGAUGCUGCCUGUAUAUUCUUGUAUGACUGCAUGAAGUUACAGAAAAUAAUACUGUUUAAUUGGUUUUAUGUUCAUCAAAAUAAGGGACAUUGGAUGAAGGCUUGAGCUAACUUUUCAACUAGUGAAAUAAGAAAGAAUAACCCCAUGAUCAA